UACAGAUAAAAAGAUUGAUUGGGAUAAUUGGGAGAACAAGCGCGGCCCCCGGCCUUGGGAGGAUAAUCAGGAACCUGAUAGGGAAAUUAAGCGUGUUGUGAAGAAACCGGUUACGGUAGCUGAACUUCUGGGAUAAACAAUUCAAAGGAAGAAAUCCGCGAAAUUUAAAUUGCCAGAAAAAAAAACAUUCAAGAUGGCGGCCAGAAUGUGCAACUUUCUUCAGCUUACUGCUAAAACUGCCAGACCAGCGAUAAGAAACAUAAGCAGCACCUCAUGUCUCAUGAUCCAGCGUACUCAACCUAAGAUGAAGAUCGAAACCAUGAAACAAGUUGACGUAGAUUCUGCUGAUAUACAGAAGAAGUUGGGAAACAUAAAUAUGGAUUUUGUUCGCAAAGCUGAGAAGAAGAAUAAAGAGAGGGCAAAAAUGCACAGGUUUUUCCGUCGAACUGAUUGGAUGAUUGCUGCAUUCUGUUUUUCUCUUGUUAUCGGUAUCUAUAGUUAUACAAUGUUUGCUAUUCAACAGGAAAAAUUCUUGGAUGACUUCGAUAUGCCCGAGGAUAUUGAUAGAACUGAGAAGACAAAAUAAUUUUAGAAUCCCCAAACACACAUUUAUACAUAUUCGGAACACUACAA